UACACGCGGUAGAGAUUGAAUAUGACAGGGGAAUCCUCUUAUACCGCCAUGUUCUCCUCCCUCGACAUCUACCCACCAAAGGGACUUACACCCGUAAUUUGAUAACGACCAAGACUCGCACCGACACCUCGUCAGUCCGUGCGAAAUCCGCGGAGAUAGAGAAGAGGUGAACGGUCUUCCAGAUAUAGAUGGGCGCCUAAUGGCGCGUCGUGUUUUCUUAAUUGAGUUCCUGUCAGAUACUUAAAUAGAGUCAUUCCGUACAUCAAAGAUACAGCCAUAUCUGUCUCGCGUUCAAAAUGGAUGAGCCCUUCAACCCAACAAAGGAAACCAUCUCGCUGCUCAUUCGUUCAGGCGUCGCAAAGUCCCGACUCCCAUGGUCUGAUUUGAUAAUAAAGGCCUUCCUUGCAGGCGCAUUUCUGUCUCUCGGGGCGAUGUUUGACCUCGUCAUUGCUGGUGGCGCUACGAAGAUGCGAGAGGAGAAUCCUGGGCUGGUUACUCUUCUGUCCAGCUUCACUUUUCCAACUGGGUUCGUCAUCCUCACGGUCGUCAACACUGAGCUGUUCACCGCAAAUCUGUUUGUUGUUGUCUUCUCGACGCUUCUGCGCAGGGCCCGCAUUGUCGACCUGGCGAAGAACCUGGUCACCUCCUACAUCUUCAACCUCGCCGGUGCGCUGUUUGUCGCCGGCUUUCUCUGCUGGUGGUCCGACACGCUCUCCACAGAUGUAGAAAAGCAGUUUGCAGUCACGCAGGCUGAAGGGCGCGUCAACGUGCAGUGGUCGGUCAACUUCCUCCGCGGUGUAGGCUGCAACUGGCUUGUCGGUCUGGCCAUGUUCCUCUCGAUUGCUGCCCAUGAUCAGGUCUCGAAGAUUUACGCCAUAUGGAUCCCGAUCUGGACCUUUGUUGCACUGGGCUAUCAGCAUUCUAUUGCCAACUUCUUCCUUGUGCCCAUUGGCAUGUUCUACGGGGUCAACUUUGGUGUGGGCAAAUUCAUUUACCAAUGCAUCAUCCCCGUUACAUUGGGAAACAUCGUCGGCGCGGUCCUCCUUGAUGCCAUUGUCCUUUGGUAUAUCUACGGGCGUGGUGAGUUGUUGGAGGAGGAAAGGAAGCAGGAAAUGCCCUCGCUCCAAAGCUCCACGCCAUCGCCCACAAAGCAGGUGUAGGAAAAAUAGCACAAACGCUAUAUCAGAACGCUAUAUAUCAGUGCUUCCAAUGGCGCUUUAUUUACAAUGAUUGAUUGGGACAUGUAUAAAGUCAACCAUAGUAAAUACUCCUACACCACCACGCCUUCCUCUUUCUGCAGAUGUUCCACCACCAAGCUCAGAUACUCCCUGGCUCUUGGUGUCGUUUGCUCGAUAU